GGUAGACCACACCUCGUCAUUAUAUAACCUUCCAGUAAUUAAACUUGUUACUGUCCGUCUCUAACGCGACAAGUCUUUCGGUGGGUAGUGCUCGAUGGGUGUGGUUGGUGGAUGCUCCCGAAUUCCAUUAUUACUCACCAACAACUCCGAUAUAUCCCCAUAUUCAGCAGAUUCAUAGUACUGCUUCCAUCAUCUAUUUACCUCUUUUUUUGGCUGAUUCAUUCAUUUUCCAUUGUGUAAUCUCUGGUCUGCAUCUGUCAUCACGACUCGCACUUCUCGCAUUUCACUCCGCCAGCUCCUGUGUGGUUGGUUUGGUUGGUUUGGUUGGUUUUCGUGUGUAGUGUGUGCCAUAAAUAGACAACAGCCGUUUAGUAAAAUUAGUGAAAUUAAUGCGUGAAAUUGUAAAGUGGAAAGUUGGAAGUUAGUAUUUAUCAAAGUUGGACUGGAUCAGUGGUCAUCGAAAUUAAACUUCUUAAUCUUAAUCUCAAUUAAAAUCUCAAACGUCAAGACAAGAGUCUAAAUUUUGUAAAAUGCCACCCAAACAAAUGCCUGCCUCGUUGCAUAAAGUCAUCAUGGUGGGGUCGGGAGGAGUUGGUAAAUCUGCUCUCACUCUUCAGUUUAUGUAUGACGAAUUCGUUGAGGACUACGAGCCCACGAAGGCGGAUUCUUAUCGGAAAAAGGUUGUGUUGGAUGGGUUAUUAAUUCUCAGGGAAGAAGUUCAAAUCGAUAUCCUCGACACUGCUGGACAAGAAGACUACGCCGCCAUACGAGACAACUAUUUUCGGUCUGGGGAAGGAUUUCUUUGCGUCUUUUCGAUCACAGACACUGACUCAUUCCAUGCCAGCCAAGACUUUAGGGAGCAAAUUCUCCGCGUCAAGGGUGACGACACGGUGCCCUUUCUCCUCGUUGGGAACAAGUGUGACUUGGACGAGCGGCGUAAAAUCAAUCGGGAAGACGCCGAGGCACGCGCCGCCCAGUGGAAGGUGCCCUAUGUGGAAACCUCGGCGAAAACGAGGGGCAACGUCGACAAAGUGUUUUUUGACCUCAUGCGUGAAAUCCGGGUGCGAAAGAGUGACGGAGGUGGGGCAGAGGCGACGGAAGGUGGAAAGAAGAAACGCCGCAGAAUAAAGUGUUCCAUUUUGUAGAGAAUUUGAUUUCUAACUAACUUGAUACUGAUGAGUCUUACGAUAAGCUUUGUAGGUAGCUUUUUCACGUCUUUCCUCCUCCUCCGGUUAAUAUAUUAUUAUUUUUUGUUAUGAAUUUGUUAUGUGUGUUGCCAUUUUUGUGAAAUGAAAAAAUAAAAUAAAAUAUGAUAAGUUGUUCAUUGAAA